AUGAAAAUAUUAUCUUUUUUAGUAUAUUUUUCAAAGUUAUGUAAUAUAAUUAUAAUAUUAACAUUUUCAUACUAUUCUUUUUUAUAUUUGUUUGAUGAGACAAUUAGCAAAUUAAAAUAUAAUAUUAUAGAAAAAAAUUCCAUAGAAUUUAGUAAGACAGAUUUUCUCAUUAUUUUUAAUAAAUGUUCAAUCUUAUCUAGAAACAAGAGGCUUAAUUUAUUCAAUGAUUUAGAAAAAAGGGAUAAUUUUUUUAAGGGAUCUUUUAUUGAAUACUUUUCUUUAUUUUGUAAAAAUUUUCAUAUAAAUUUUAAAAGACUUAUCAGUUAUAUUGGUAUUACUUACGAAAAAGCAAAAAAUUGUAUAUGUCUUAAAGAAGAAAAGAAAAAAUUUUUCUUUAAUUAUUAUAACUAUUUUGCUUUUGGAGAUGAAGUAAAUGAAUAUUCUUAUAUUUUUCAUAGAAAUAAUUAUAAAUUAGAACAUGAAUUAACUAAAAGGAAAAAAAAAAAGGAGAAGAGGGAAAAUUGCAUCAAUAAUAAAAUAGAUUGGAAAAUAAAUAAUAAAAAAAAUUGGAAUAAUAACAAUGAUAUAUACUGUGAAAAUGAAAACAAUUUAAUAAGUAAAAAUGAAAAAGUUUUAGAUUUGAAAAACAAAAAGAAAUAUAAUAUGAUAAGUAAGAAGUUAAAUAAAAAAGAAAAAUACAAUGAAGAAAAUAAUAAAUCCAUUUUAAAAGAAAAUACAAGCAGUUAUAGUUUGCAAAGAAAUAAUAAUAUAAAUUCUAAAUAUUAUCUUAUAAAAAAAAUAAAAGACAUUUUUAAAAAAAAAAAGAAGAAAGAUUUAAAGGAUUUAGAUGUUAUCUAUAUACCAGAUACUACAGAAAGAGAAACAAAAGUUCUCAAAUGUAAAACAUGUUUGAUUAAUUUAGAAAAGUAUUUAUACGCAUUAAAAAUAAGUAAUGAAGAAGCUGAUGAUAUGAAUAAAUCACUAGAUAAGAAAAAAUCCAGUGAUAUACAAAUUUAUUAUGAUUAUGAUAAUGUAUAUUACAUAGACAAAUAUGAAAGAGAAAGAAAAAAAAAGGAGAUAAUAAGUAUGAAAUACUUGUUCUAUGCAUCUUUGUUAAAAAGUAACUAUAAAAUGAUAAAUUUUACAAAACGUUUGUUAUUAUCAAACCGAAAUAAAAAUAAAGAAAUAUAUUUAGAAAUUGAUAGAUAUAAGCAUAAAAGAAUAAAUUAUACAAUAAAGGAAAAGUUAGGACAAGGAGCAUAUGGAGAAAUAUGGUAUGCAAUUAGCAUAAACGGAAAAUCUCCUUUUAAAGAUGUGGUAUUAAAAAAAAUUCUUAUAAACAAAGAUGAAGAAGCUUCUCAAUUAAAUGCUAUGAGAGAGGUUUAUUUUGGAGAAAUUCUAAAAAACUGUGAUAACAUAAGUCGAUUUAUUGAAUAUUUUGAAGAAUAUGAAACUAAUGAUGGAAAAAAUUAUUAUAGAUAUUUUUGGUUAGUAUUUGCAGAUGAGGGUUAUUCAUUAUCUAAACACCUUUUCCAAACAGAUAUGAACAAUUCAGGAAUGCUUAUACCAAGUUCUUUAUGGUGGAGUAUAAAAAAACAAAAUAUAGGUAUGUUAGUAUUAAAAGAUUUAAUAUAUCAAAUAUUAAAUGGCAUAAAUAUAGCUCAUAAAAAAAAUAUUACACAUAGAGAUAUUAAAAUGGAAAAUAUUUUUGUAUCUUCAAAAACUCCCUUUACUGUUCGAAUUGGUGAUUGGGGGAGUGCAGUGGAGUUUUCGAACCCUCGAUUUUUGUUUAUGCCAUCAGAAAAUGAAGAAACAGAUGGGUAUCAACCUCCAGAAUCUUUGUUUGGGCAUAUGAAAAAUAAUUUUAUGAGAUUACCAUAUUACGAUAUGUGGGGUAUUGGGAUAGUCUUUUUGCAGUUUGUAUUAGGUACUAAAAAUCCACUAGAAGUGAAAAAUAAAAGAAAUGAAAUUGAACUUAAGAAAUUAUUUUCGAAAUAUCCUAUUAAUGCUUUAAAAGAAGCGAUUUUUUUGCAGAGUUUAUCAGAAUUAUGCUUAACACCAUGGUCUAAAUCUUCAGAACUUUUAAUACUUCAUCAUAAAAAGCCAUUAUAUUCUUCUAUAUAUAGUAAAAAUAUUAUUAUUAAUAAAUUAAAAUAUCAUACUUCUAAUACACUAAUAAAUAUAAAAAAUCAAUCUUUUAAUAUUGUUUAUAAUAUAAUUUCUCAAAAAUAUAAUUCUUUAGUUUCAAUACCUACUUCUCCAGUUUGUUCAGAUUGGAGAUGUGUAAAUAAAUAUAGUUCAAAUAUUUCUUUUAAGGAAGAAUAUCAUCCAGUUGAUAUAAUAUAUAAAAAUGUGAGUAAUAUUUUUAAUGAAACAAAAAAUAAUUUUUUUAAUAACAAUACUUGUAAUGAUGAACAAUUUCAAAAAAUUUUACAAGAAAGAGAUCCUUCAGGUAUUGGAUUACCAAAUAAGAAUGCAAGAAAUUUACUGAGGCAGUUAUUGCAAUUUGAUUAUAAUAAUCGUAUAAAUGCUCAAGAAGCUUUAAAUCAUCCUUGGUUUUUGGAAAAUUGA